GCUACGUCUUCUACCGGAGUCGGGACGACUGCUGCUGGGGCUGCGUUUUCGUGUUUGACUCGAUUUGCUCGCUCUUUCGCAUGCUGUUCGGCUUCAAUCUUGUGGAGGGACGAGGAGUGUAUUACUCGUACUCCUGAUCUACUAGUGCGUGGUAGUGCUCCACCAUCUUCGAUUUUCUUGACAUGCGGAAACACUUUCAUCCUUUUCUUCGUCAGACAAGAGUUGUACUAGAUGUGUAUGUGUUUCUGGGUCGGGUACAUCUGCCGUUAUUGCAAUUCCUUUUUCUAGCGCUGGGUCGAGGUCGUGGUGGAGCGCCUUCUUCACAGGCCCAGUAUUUUUUCCGAGGGCUAGCUCUUUGAACUGUAUACUAUCCGCUUAAAAAAAAUUUUGCAGGAAAAUCUCGAAUUUCAUAUGAAACACAACGCACCAACAAGCGACAUUUUACAAAUGAAUUUUUGCAUUUCGUACAUUAUUUAUUCGCUUUUUCUUCUGCUGAGGCGUCGCUUUUACUUCCUUCAACAAUACCGCCCGCGUCCGUACAAAACUAAAACGAAAUAGCACCACCUCGAAAAUAAUUUCGGAUUAUUUAUUGUCUGCCACACCGUAAACAGUUCUUGAUUGUACGCCCUCUGUAUAAGCCUUUUUUUCUGAAACUCGCGACACUAAAUCUUGAGAUUUUAUUCUCUCUAGCGCUUGUCCAUGUUGGAAAAAAAAAAAUCUCAAGGAAAUUCUACCGACGGCCUGAGGAGAUUCUCCCUCAAGGAGAUUCCCCCCCAUAAAAUUUGAACUGUGAGCUGGCGUUGAGCUUCAUGCUCAUAGCAAGCAUAGAAAGAUAUAGUGGACAAGACGAGCGCUGGCGCUCGUGCAAGAUGAAGGGACGAGCGUGGGCCAAAGUACGUGCGCGCCGACCGUUGCCACCAAGAGCCCCCGGCCCGCCUGUGCACCGGGGGCGGAAUACUUGUUGGCCCUGCCCUUCGCCCGCCUGCCCCGCCCGCGUGGCGCCAGCCUUGCUGCAGCAUCAGCCCAGGCUGCGCAGCUCCGUCCUUACAUACAAAACGCGCGCAGCAGCUUUCCUCCUGAUUGGCUCCCGGCGGCGCGGUGGCAGCAUUUCUUUUUUUCGGUGUUUUUCGUCUUUGAAACUGGACAGAACAGGACAGCUUCUGCUUUUGCGCGCGCACUCUCUCGCCAGUGGUUAGCAAUAAAAAUGCAAAAAAAAUUUCGCGUUGCGCGCGUGCCCCUACCUGUGGGCCCCUUUGUAGCCGGUGCGGUUGUGUGGCUUGCACGGCCGACAGCAAGAGCCGGCUAGCUUUUUUUGCUCGCACGCAUUCCCGGGCCUUGCAGAGCAACGACCUUGCUCCGCACACGAGCAGCGCGCGCUGCGUCCUCCCUUUCUUUGCGCCGACGGCGCUGCGCUUCAAAUUUCUGCACCGUCGCAACGGCUUUUUUUAUUUCGGGCGCGUGCCGCGCCCGCUCUGCCCGUCGUUGCUUCGCGCCGACGGCCUCGCGCCUUCGUUCGCGGACCUUCAAAAUUGCCUCCGCGCGCGCGCAGCACGUGCUCCGCUCCUCGUCGUUUCGCGCUGACGGCUUUGCGCUUUUUUUUCACGAGCGCACGGCAAAAAUUUUUGUCGCGCGCGUGCCACACGCGUUCCACCCUUCGUUGCGCCGCAUCGAUGCCCUUGCGCUUUCUUUCAUGGGCGGCCGGCCGACAAAAAAAAAAUUCUUACGCGCGCGCUGCGCGCGCUCCACCUUUCGUUGCUUCGCGCCAGCGCCCUUGUAGUUUGUUGCUUGCGCGGGUGCCAGACAAAAAUUUUUUGCGCGCGCGCCCAACCUUUCUCUGCUUCGCGCCCGCCAGCCCCCCUGCAGUUUCUUGCACGGGGGCCCGAAAAUUUUUUUUUUCGCGCGCGCGGUGCGCGCGCCCCAUCCUUUGUUGCAUCGCGCCAGCGCCCUUGCAGUUUCUUACACGGGUGGCCGACAAAAAUUUUUCUCGCGCGCGCCAGCGAACUUGCACUUUCUUGCACGGGUGGCCGACAGAAAAACCUUUCGGGCGGGCGCAGCGCGCGCUGCAUCCUUCGCUGUGUCGAGCUACCGCCCGCGCAGUUUCUGUCUCUCACGGAUAACCGACGAAAAAUUUUCUCGCGCGCGCCGCGCGCGCUUCAUCCUUCAUUGUUUCGCGCCAACGGCCUGGCGGUUUCUAUCUUGCGCGGGCGACCCAAAAAAUUUUUCUUUCCCGCGCGCGCUGCGCGCGCCCCUUCCUUCGCUGCUUCGAGCCAACGCCCUGGUGGGUUCGUAUCUUGGACGGGCGACCAGAAAAAUUUUCUUCCUCGCGCGCGCAGCGCGCGCGCCAUCCUGUAUUGCCUCGGCUCGCGCCAACGCGCUGGACGAGGCUUCUACUAUGCACGGGUGGCCGGCGAAUGCGAAAAUUUUUUCUCGUGCGCGCGCUGCGCGCGCUGAGCGCGCUGCAACCUGCACUGCCUCGCGCCAACGCCCUGGCGGCUUCUACUUUGCACGGCCCGGUGACCGGCGAAAAUUUUCUCUCGCGCGCGCGCUGCGCGCGCUCCAACCUGCAUUGUCUCGCGCCAACGUCCUCGCCGUUUCAUUCUUGCGCGGGUGGCUGACAAAAAGUUUGCUCGCGCGCGCGGCGCGCACUGCUCCACCUUUCGCUGCUUCGCGCCGGCGCCUCGGCAGUUUCUAUCUCGCACGGGCGACCGACAUUUUUUUUUUUGGCGCGCGCCUGCACUUGCGCUAUCAAUCCGCGGCUUCGCUGCUUCGGCCUCGCGCCUUUCUAAUUUCUUGCACGGGUGGCCGACACAAAUUUUUUUUCACGCGCGUGCCGCGAUCGUGCUCUUCUUCUUCCUUGCCCUACGCCGAAGGCCAUACGUGUCUGCUCGCUCGCGGCUGGCCGGCGAAAAUCUCUUUCAUUCACGGGCGCGCGAUUUGGUUUCUUGGGUGUGGGCAUUUGGCGUGUUGUACUCGGGCUACCCCGGGUCGUGGGUCCACGGGCUUGAUGUUGCCGAGUCAUUAUCUCGGUGGGGCGCCGGCCGCCGCAAGUUGCAGGGCCUGUUGCUCCGGUCGUUAGGAAGGGCCCGCCUUGGCGGGGUGCCCUUGAAAUCGCGCCAGAUGAACAGCCCGGGGCUCGUUGCCCUUGCAAUCUCGCUGAAGUUGCUGAGGGGUGGUCUCCUUUUCAAAUUGCACCCACGCAAGCAUGCAGCGCCUGAGCGGCUGCCGGGCGCCUGGCCCUUGGCUUGGGGUUGAGCUCUUGUUGCGCGACUUGCCUCGCGCGCUUUGUGUUUCGUUUGAGGUCGAUUCUAGGUGGUCGUGGGGGUGGUUUGCCUUUGAGGUCGCUCCAGAGCGGGUGCGGGGUGAUCUGCCUCUGAUGCGCUCUGGUGCGAACGGCUGAGAGGCGACUUGCCGUUAAGGCGGUCGAGGGACGACUUGCUUUUUGUUGCGGCUUCGCAACGGCCACAUCGGGCAGAAUGGGCGUGAAAUUGCGGCCGUUCUUCGGGCUUUAUAGGGCAGUGCACGUGUGAGAUUGCAUGGGGCAAAGCGCCCUCUAGCGCGGCGCCAUAGUCGGCAGGGCGCCCGGGAAAGGCUUCGUAGGGUCUUGCGCCCUUGAGCUUGCGCCUGCGUCGGGCCGCAUAGGGCAGUGCGCCCGCCCUUGAAGAUGCGGCUUGGGCCGCAGAGGGCGCCUCGCCCCUGGAAUUGCACUGCGCCCGGGCGCCCAACCCCAAGGGCGAUAAGUCCCGCUUUUGUGGUUUUCUGGCCGGCGGGCUAUGAGAAUCUCCUUGGCAAGGAGAUUCUCCCACGUUCGGGGAGAAUCUCCUUGCCAAGGAGAUUCUCCUUAGGAGAAGGGGAGCGAGACGGCGGGGGGAGGUGAAGGAAAAAGAAGCACAUGAAGGAAAAAGAAGCACAUGAAGGAAAAAAAAAAAGAAAGAAGAAAAAAGAAAAGAAAAAGGAAGAGGAGGGGGAGGAGGGGAGGAGAUUCUCCUGGGGGUCCAGGAGAAUCUCCUUGGGCCAAGGAGAUUCUCCGAGAUUUUCCUUGAAGUCGCCCCAUUGUACUAACCUUUUCAUCUAUAUUCACACGAUCUGCUGUAGAGAGCAACUUUUGACUUUUUCACUUUUUACGAAUUUUCAGCAUUAUUUUAGCUUGUUUCGCAAGCUAGGUUCGUUUGCGCAGCUCGCGACGAGAAUAAAGGUACAAUACUUAUCAACAUUGACUACAUUUUGCAUUUGCAUAAUUUUCAGACGACCACUUCUUUUCUUCUGUGAGGCUUCAAGAAACUCAAAUUUCUGUUGCACGAGAGCGAGCAGGACAUGCUUUGUGUGUCGCUAAGUUGCUGUGUCUAUGCCGGCUUUCGUUAU